AUGGCCCGCUCCGAUCCCCGCAUCAUUGCGCCUAGAACAUGGAGCCAGAACACAAGACGACUCUCCAACAAGCUCAUCAAGAUGGGUGCCCCGCAUACGUUGGCCAUCAACUGCGCAUCCGAGACCACCGCAUCAAAAACUAACUCUCACAUGCCUCGGCUGCACUCGGACCGCCGCUCUGCCUCCACCUGCAUCUCUUCGCGGUCCCGCGCCCUCCUAUCCCAACAGACGCCUGCGAUCCUGUGGUCUGGCUUGCGCCAAUCGUGUCCAUUCGAGUCCCUAUCAUGGCAUAUCCGGCAGUUCCUGAGUGACCAGCUGGUCGCGCGCAAGUUUGCACCCAGUGCGGCAGCGCGUGACGUCGUGCUGAAGCAACCGUACCCGGACCUUGCGUGGAUCCAGGCGUUCUUCGACUUUGAGACGGACACUGGGAUCGGGUCGGGCGUGUUCCGCCUUGUGCCGACAGCGGACGGGACGUGGAAGGCGUUUACUGUGUACACUAAUCUGGAGGACCUGAAGGGGUUCCCUGAGAAGACGGGACUGAAUCGGGAGUUCCUGCCUAACCACGGGAAGUGGAAAGACCAGCGUGCGCAGGAGCGCGCGUACGCGGACCGCGACCCGGAAGUAAUCAUUAUUGGGGGCGGACAGAGCGGGCUGGAUGUCGCUGCGCGGCUGAAGUUGCUCGGCGUAGAUGCGCUGAUUGUCGAGCAGCAAGACCGCAUUGGGAAUCAGUGGAGGUACCGGUAUGAGGCACUGUGCCUGCAUGACCCCGUGUGGUAUGACCACUUGCCUUACAUGCCGUACGAAUCCGCGUUCAGUAUACCUCUUGCGGGCCGCACUGACCCACGACCGUCGCAGUUUCCCUCCGUCAUGGCCAGUGUAUACGCCAGCACAGAAGGUAGAGAGCACAACAUGACGCUUUCUGCAGCUCUUGCGGACUGGCUGGAGUACUAUGCCGAGGCGAUGGAGCUGAACGUGUGGACGUCGACGACUGCGACGCGCGUGGAGCAGACGAAGGACGGCAAGUGGGUGGUUGCUGUGAGCAAGGCCGGUGGGCCAGAGCGCACGUUCCACGUCGACCACGUCAUACUUGCGCUCGGAUUCGGCGGCGGCGUGCCCCGCAUGCCGACCUACCCCAACCAGGAUGAGUUCCAGGGCCAGAUUCUGCACUCGACACAACACAAGACCGGACGGGACCACAUCGGGAAGAAAGUGGUGAUCGUCGGCGCUGCGACUUCUGCCCACGAUAUCGCUGCGGACUACGCCGAUCACGGUGUUGACGUCACCCUUUAUCAGCGCAGCCCCACAUACAUCAUGACAACGAAGGAAGGCAUGCCGCGCCUGUUCAAAGACACCUACUGGGAAGGUGCCGGCCCCACGGACGUCGCAGAUCGCGUGCACACGUCGAUGCCGAUUCUUAUGGUGAAGGAGCUCCACAAGCGUCUCACGGCCGAGAUCGCAGAGGCCGAUAAGGAGAUCCUCGAAGGCCUGAAGAAGGUUGGGUUCAAGUACUACUUUGGCGACGAUGGAUCGGGCUUCCUCUACCUCGCGCAAACACGUGGGGGCGGGUACUACCUCGACGUCGGCACGAGUAAGAAGAUCAUUAACGGGCAGAUCAAGCUGAAGGGUGACAGCCCGCUCGCUGGCUUUACGAAGACAGGGCUGAAGUUCGAGGACGGGAGCGAGCUGCAGGCGGACGUCGUGCUCUUUGCUACCGGGUUCGCCGGUGCCGCACAGGCGAUCCGCAAGCUUGUGGGCGACGAGAUUGCAGGGAAGCUGGGGCCAGUCUGGGACUUGGACGAGCAGGGCGAGCAGCGCGGAGCCUGGCGGUGGCUCGGUAUGCCGAACUUGUGGUUCAUGAUGGGCAACUUGUCGAUGUGCCGCUUCCACUCGAAGCACCUUGCCCUUCAGAUCAAGGCAAAGCAGGAGGGCGUGUACGGUACUCGCUAUGCGCCUUGAUGUCGUUUGUUUUGAUGUUGUUGCUACGUCUCGUUUCAUUUUGUGGUAUCAUAGAUGUUGUAUUAUAUUUUGUGUAGAAAUAAAGAUGGACCUUACGCGCUC